AUGGACCAGAUAUCAGGCCAAAGACGGCCGGUCCGCUGGCGGUUCUGGGCAAAGGAAGACUCAGAUAUAUCCAACGACGUUCAGACAGACGAAGAAACAACACGAGCAAGAUCAGUUACAACAUCACUUCGCCGCGUCUCCUCGACGUAUACACAGCAAGCACCAAGCUCUUCUAUGGAGCUGGUAGACGAAUUCAAUAUUCCUGAUGCUUCUGCCGUGUGGCCGGCUAGUGCAUUCCCGCUAGUAGUAUCCUCCACUCUCCUUAUCUCUGGCCGUCUGGCAGACAUGGUUGGAGGCUACUACAUGUAUGUGGGCGGCAUGGGAUGGCUGUGCAUCUGGUCGGUCAUCGCCAGCCUCUCGAAAAACCGCAUCAUGCUCAUUCUAUGUCGAGCAUUGCAAGGGCUCGGUCCCGCUGCCUACCUACCCUCCGGCAUGAUGCUGUUGUCAACGGUGUACCGUCCCGGCCCUCGCAAGAACCUGGUAUUUAGUCUCUACGGAACCUGUGCUGUUUUUGGGUUCUUUAUCGGGAUUUUCUGCUCAGGGCUGGCUGCCCAGUACCUCGCCUGGCAGUGGUAUUUUCGUAUUGGAGCCAUCCUUGCGGCUAUUACUACCGCCAGUUCCUUCUUCUUUAUCCCGUCGGAUGCUGCCGAGAGGCGCAAACAAGGCGUCCAGAUGGAUUAUCUGGGUUCAGUACUUAUCGUUGUUGGUCUGACGCUCUCUGUCUUUGCGAUUACGGAUAGCGCACACGCCUCUCAGGGAUGGAGGACACCGUACGUUUACGUCUGUUUCAUCCUUGGAUGUGUGUUUUUGGCUGGAGCGGUCUAUGUGGAAGGUUGGGUCGCCGAGUGUCCCUUGCUGCCGUUCGACUUGUUCGACGCACCCUAUAUGAAGGCCAUGGUGGUCGCACUGCUAUUCUUUUAUGGAUGUCUGGGGGUAUUCUUGCUCUAUGGGACUCUAUACAUGGUACACAUCAUGGGCGCCACAUCUCUUCAGGUUGUCGCUUGGUGUACUCCGAUGGUGGUAGGCGGCUUUGCUUUCCCCAUAAUGGUCGGAUUCUGUCUCCACUUGGUCUCUGGCACUGUCCUCCUUAUCAUAUCCGGCAUCGGUUGGAUAAUGGCCGGUCUCCUUUUCGCAAUAAUGCCCGACGGUGCGAGUUACUGGGCAUACGCCUUCCCAGCAAUGAUCGGUGCCACUCUUGGCAUCGAUGUCACAUUCAACAUCACCAACAUCUUCAUAACGACAAGCCAGCCGAAACAUAGGCAAGGAUUAGCCGGUGCCCUGAUAAACUCCGUCCUCUUCCUGAGUAUUGCAGUGCUUCUUGGGUUCGCGGACGUUGCUCAGGUAGCAACUUUGGACCAGGGAAGAAAGCAGAGUUACCGCGUUGUCUUUUGGUUCAAUACUGCGUGUGCCAGUGUUGCGCUCCUGAUUAUUGUACUCUUUGUCAGAGUCAACCCGGCAGCAAGUGAUUUGACCGUCGAUGAAAAGAAAAGGCAGCACGAAUUAAGCCAGAGGCAACCAGAACCUCAGGAAGCAUCCCAUCAAGAUCAUAAAAUAAACCAUUCUAAAGAACCUCAGUCUUGCAGUUCAGCCCCGUCAUAA